AUGGGCUCGCCAAGGGCUCAAUUGCCGGCGCUUGCUCCGGCACAUUCGGAAAAUUAUAGCCAAAUUAAGCCCAAAUUAUUUAGCUUCCUUUUAUUUGCAAUGGCUUUUGAUCUGGACACAUACCACACGGCGGCGCGCGAAAAAUACGAGUCGCUGGCCGCGUGCGCCGUGCUCUACUACGAGCGCCACUCGCUGCUGGAGCUGGCGCGCGAUUUCGUGAUCCUGUGGUACCUCACCGGCUGGGCCGCUGGUCUGUUGCGCCUGGUGUAUGCGUACGGCCCCGUGCGCAGCACCACGAUGCUGUACCGGUUCUGGGCGCGGCGGUUCUACCGCGCGGUGCUGAAGCUGCCCAUGAUGCGCAGAAAAGUCGACUCGGAGGUGCGCGAGGUGAGGAAACAGCUGGAGCACUCGCUGCUGGUCAAGGCCCCAACCUCCUACAACGAGGUGCCCGAGUACGGUCUCACGGAAAAAGAGGUGGUCGACCAGCUGGACGAGCUGAGCCGCCUCAAGGCGGCCAACUGGAAGGACGGCAAGGUGUCUGGCGCGGUGUACCACGGCGGCGACGAGCUGAUCGAGCUGCAGUCGCAGGCGUACCACAAGUUUGCCGUGGCCAACCAGCUGCACCCGGACGCGUUUCCCGGGGUCCGCCAGAUGGAGGCCGAGGUGGUGUCGAUGGUGCUGAGGCUGUUCAAUGCGCCGGAAUCGGGCUGCGGCACCACCACGUCCGGAGGCACAGAGUCGCUGCUGCUGGCGUGUCUCGCGGCCAGAGAGAAGGCGCGCGCAGAGCGGGGGCUGACACAGUUCGAGAUCAUCGCGCCCAAGACGGUCCACGCGGCCGUUUUCAAGGCGUCGCAGUACUUCAACAUGAAGCUGCAUCUCGUCGACCUGGACGAGAACUACACCGGAAAUCUGACGCAGAUCAGACGGCUCAUCAACAAAAACACGUGUCUGCUGGUCGGCUCUGCGCCGAACUUCCCGCACGGCCUCGUCGACAACAUCGCCGGGCUGUCGGAGCUGGCCGUCGAGCACCGCAUCCCGCUGCACGUGGACUGCUGUCUGGGCUCGUUUGUGAUUGCGUACUACCAAAAGGCGUUCCAAAAGGCGCUGGACCCGUUCGACUUCAGACUCCGCGGCGUCACGUCGAUCAGCUGCGACACGCACAAGUACGGCUUUGCGCCAAAGGGCUCGUCCAUCAUCAUGUACCGCUCCAACGAGUACAGGAAGUACCAGUACUUCGUCUCCACGGAGUGGGUGGGGGGACUGUAUGGUUCCCCCACGCUAGCAGGAUCGCGGCCCGGCGCGCUCACCGUGGGCGCCUGGGCCACCAUGGUGUACAUGGGCGACGACGGCUACACCAAGGCGUGCCAGGAUAUCAUUCUGACGGCGCGCCGGCUCAGACAGACGAUCGAGGACGACAUUCCAGAGCUCCAGAUCAUCGGCAACCCGCAGCUCUCGGUGGUGGCUUUCCGCUCCGACAAGCUCAACGUCCACAAGCUCGGCGACAUGCUCGGCAAAAAGGGGUGGCAUCUCAACGCGCUGCAGAACCCGCCCGCGCUGCACCUGGCUGUCACAAAGCUCACCGUGCCCGCCAUCGACACCCUGCUGCUCGACCUCAAGUCCGCCGUCAAGCAGCUCGCGCUCGAGGAAAACGACGUCGAGUCCGACACCGCGCAGCUGUACGGCGUGGCCAACAGUCUGCAGACCGGCUCGGUCGCCGACCAGCUGAUCGGCUGUUUUCUGGACACCCUGUACCAGACAGAGCCGACGUUGUAA